AUGUCGUUCGCACCACCGCCGCCCGCUAACAGCACGUGCGGGGGCGGCGAUGGGGGCGGGGCGGGCGGGGCGGGCGCGGCGUGGGGGCUGCAGUACCUGUGGAACGUGAGCGCGCCGGCCGGCGUGUGCUGCGUGGCGCUCUUCGCCGCCGUCAAGCUGCGUGCCGAUCACCGCCUGCCGUCCGCGCGGCACGCGUGGCGGAAGCUGCGCGCGGUGUGGCACGUGACGGACGCGCAGAUCGUCACGCUGUGCGGAGCGGACGCCGCCGACUACCUCAUCCUGCUCGUGCGCCCCGCGCCACCCCCACUCACUUGUUCUCCCCCUUCUUCUCCCCGGCUCCCCCCUCCUUCCCCUUCACGCUGCACGUGCGCGCUCAUCGCAGCGCUGCUGGUGCCCGCGAUGGCGCUGCUGUUCCCCGCCAACCUGCGCGGAGCGGACUCCGCGGUGUGCGACUACCUGGCGGCCGCCACUAUCGCGCACGUCGUGCCCGCCGCGCCCGCGCUCUGGCUGCACGCGCUCUUCGCGCUGCUGCUGCCCCCCGCCGUGCACCUCGCCAUCCGCGCCUUCCGCCGCCAGCGCGUGCGCGCCAGGGCGGUGGCGCAGGGCAGGGACGAGGGCGGAGGAGACGCAGGGGGUUCGGGGAGAGCGUGGUCGGGGUGGGGAAGCGGGGGGCAGGGCAGCGGGGAUGGGGAGAGUCCGCGGGAAGGGUAUGCUGCCCUGCGCUGUGUAACCCGCCAUGGCACUCCCGCUGAUGGCGCUGAUGGCGCUGAUGGUGCUGAUGGUUCUGAUGGUGCUGCCGCCCUUGAUAAUGCUGUUGAUGGCGAUGAUGACGUGGACAUGACAGCGCAUGACCUACUGCUGGAGUAUUGGGACCGGCUGUACCCGGGGAGGGUGGCUCGGGUGCUGCAGCCGCCCGACGUGGCGGCAGCGCUGGCAGCCAGGCGGCACGUGGCGGCCCUCACAGCACGCCUCGCCCAGGCCCACGCCAGGGCCGCUCUGCAGGGCACCGCAGGUGUGGAGACAGGUGCUGGCGCGGGGCCGCAAGCACACGUGCAUGGUGAUGGUGGUGCUGACGUGGCGUCUGUGCACGAGCCACUCAUCGCCUGGAGCGGCCGGCAGGGUCCAGCUGGCAUGCAGCGAUUGGAUGGGAGGAGAGAGGAGGGGAUGAGCGGAGGCGGAGGAGGGGAGCUGGAGGAGGGGGAAGAGGAUGGGGAGGGAGGGGAGUUAGGGAGAGGGGGUUGUGGCAGUGGCACGGGUGGGGCAGGUGGGCCCGUGGCGUCCUCUCUGCUCGCCUGCCUUCGCCUCUUCCUGCCGCCCCACACUGCCCGCUCUGCACUGCACUGCCUCUGCCUCCCCCCCAUCACCGCCCUGCACUCGCUCUCCCUUUCCCUCUCGCACCUCCUCGCCACCCUGCGCACUCUCCUCCCCCCCGCAUCCCCUGCCUGGCUGUGGGGCAUGGGGGUGCGCGACUGGGGGGAGGAGGCGCGGAGGCUGGAGGAGCAGGUGCGCAGGGCGGAGGGGGAGGCGCAGCUGCUGCGGAGGGGCAGGGGGGGCGGGGCGGGGGUGGCGCUGGUGGUGUUCCGCGAUGCCUACACGGCCACCCGGGCUUUAAGAGACGCCCUGUGGGCCUCCCCCAGGUGGCGCCUCGCCCCCCUCGCCACCGCCUCCUGGCGUGUGGAGCGCGCGCCGCCUGCCGCCAGCAUCAUCUGGCGUAACGUGGGCGGCAGCCGGGCGGCAAGGCGUGUCCGCACGUGGGUGGUGAAUGUGGUGGUGGUGGCAGCGCUGUGUGCGUGGUCGUGCCCGCUCGCCCUGCUCUCCGCCGUCUCGUCUGCCGCCCACACUGCUGACACUGCUGCCCUCUCCCACCUCAACGCGUGGCUCUCAUGGGCGCGUUUCACCGCCAUGUACGGCGUCAUGCCAGCAGCACUGCACCGCCUGGUGGUCUUCGAGGGGCACAUCACCACGUCGCGCCAGCAGGCCGCGCUGCUGCUCAAGCUCACCGCACUCUACCUCUUCAAUCUAUACGUGCUCAAGGUGCCAUCCCCAUCCCCGCCCUCUCGCUCUGCUGCCCUCUGCUGCCCCCUUGCUGCUGCUCUGGUCGUGUUGUCUGCGUCUCUCUCCAACCAACCGCUGCCCGUCCCACGCCAGGCGCUGCUGGAGGCGCUGCUGCAGGCGGCACUGCUGCACGCACAGCGCUGCUCACUGCUGUCGGCGCACUGCCCCACGGUGCUGCACUGGCUCAACGCCUCGCUCAUCCCCACCUCCUCGCUCUCCGCGCUCUGCUUCCUGCUCACCUCCGCGCUGCUCGGUGUCUCCUUUGACCUCCUCGCGCCCCUCGCCUGGCUCGCCCCCCGCCUGCACCGCCUGCGCCUCUCCCUGCGCCGCCUCUCAAUGCGUCGCGUGCUGCUCGCCCUGCUCCACCUCUGCCAGCGCCUCUCUCUACACUGGCGCCGCGCAACAAGGGCUUGCAAUGCCGUGAGCGGGGCGACGGCAGGUGGAGAGGGCGUGGGGCUGGGGAAUGGGGGCAGUGGAUUCGGGGUGAUUGGAGGCUGGGUGGGAGCAGCGGUGGCCAGGAGGGCGCAUAUCGGAGGAGUUGGAGCGGUGCAGAGCGGUGCGUAUGUGCUCCUGCCAGGUGAUGCUGUUGAGGGUGGUUGUGGGGAUGGUGAUGCUGAGGCACGUGGCGGACAGCCAUUGGAUGACAUGGCUGAAGGUGGCAACGGGGCGACUGAUGACGAGGAGGGAGGGAGUGAGGGAGAGAGUGUGUGCAGCAGUGAGAGUGACCGCGGGUUGCUGUCGCUGCUGGAAGAGGCAGAAUCAGAGACAGCCACCCACUCUCGCCUCCUCUCCCCUUCCUCUCGCACCGCCGCUCUCCUUUCACCUGCCUCCCCCACCGCAACACACAUAUCCCUUCCCCCACACUCCACCCACCCACCCCCCUGCACGCCCCUCGGCGCCUUCCCUCCGCCUGCUGUGGCGUGCAUACCAGAGCCCACAGCAGCAGCAGCGCAACCAGGUGGCACGGAAGCACUACAGCAGCCGUCAGCAUCUGCAUCCCCCACAGCAGAGGCAGCACCACCAGGGGGGGCAGAGGCUCCAGCAGCAGGGGGAGCGGAGGCACAGGAGGCUUCCAGGAAGCGAAAGGGCAUGUUGCAGUUUGACUAUGCACAGUACUACGCGUACAACACCACGGCGCUCUGCCUGCUGCUCUUCCACGCGCCCCUCGCCCCCCUGGUGCUGCCGGCCGGGCUGCUCUUCUUCUCCUACCGCCUCAUCGUCGACAAGUACAACUUCCUCUUCCUCUACCGCCCCCGCCCCCACCACCACCACUCCCACCACGUGGCACCACACUCAACCGCAUCGCACUCGUCCCCCGCAGCCUCGCUGCUGCCCCCUUCAGGCCCACAACUGGUGUCAGAUGGGCGGCUAGUGAGGGCAGCAGUGGGGGUGCAGCGCAUGAGUGUAUGUGCCACCCUUGCCGCCCUCGCUGCACUACUUGCCUUUAAAGGUGACCCCGAUAGGCUGCAGGCCGUGCUGCUAGGGUCGGUAUCGGUUGUCCUUUCUGUGAUGUAUGGCAUAGAGGCUCUAGUGCGAGUGCCAGGGAAGGCGCGGGUGGUGGGCAGCGCGCAUAGGCAUGGUGGUAACCACGUGUUGCCGGAGAGACUGGUGAAUAGGCCGACUGCUUAUGAGGUGUGCUGGCAACAAGUACUGAAUGAAGAGCUGUGA